UUUGCAUAAAUGUGGCUGAAUUUCAUUGAUACAGCGCUCAAUUUCCUCCUUCAAGGCGUGGGUGGUCGUGGGCUUGUUGGCAUAAGCCUUAGAAUCCUAAAUUAGUCUCCCUAAAUUUUUUAAUUAAUCUCUUCACAUUUGAUGAAGUUAAAUCACUAUUUCAACCAUAUUUUGCACGAAAAUUGCAAACUAUAGCUGCCAAACCUUCAUUAUUUUUAAAAUAUUCCUCAAUAAUGAAACGCGUUGUUCUUUCGUGUAGCUCUCCAUUUUUAAUAACCCUGAACUGUCAGCUGUCACGCUAUCUGUUUUUUCGUUGGCAACACUUUAUGGCACAAAUGGUGUAAAAUUCAAAUCUUGCGUGAAUUUUGGGACACCCUUGACAAGACCAACUCAAAGUGGAUCAAGACCUAAAUGUGAGAGCUAAAACUACAGAACCAUUGGAACAGUUUAUAGAACAAAAGAAGAGACAAAAAGAAAAACUGGAAUAUUUUUCUAAAAAGAAUUAUUAGCUCUCCUAGACUCAUAAGAAGAACAAAAAAGGGAGGAAGGAAAACACAGAUAUGAGAAAGAAUUUAUGUAAAGUAGAGCAGAAAGACUCAAGGCAAAUUGUGGAGAAGGGAUGGGAAGGCUAGUUAGGCAGCAAUAAGCCAAAGAGUAUGGGUGCCAGUAGUCAUGGCAGAGGCCACCAAGUAACCUUUUUUUAACUUUUAUUGAUUUCAGAGAGGGAGAGAGAGAAACAUCAGUGAUGAGAGAAUCAUGGAGCAGCUGCCUCCUGCAGGCCCCACCCUGGGGAUUGAGCCCGCAACCCAGGCAUGUGCCCUGACCAGUAAUUGAACUGUGACCUCUUGGUUCAUAGGUCGACACUCAACCACUGAGCCAUGCUGGCCGGGCUCAAAUAACCUUUUGUUUCUCAGAGCACCUUGGGUGGACAUAGCAAAGCAGUCCGUGUACUGGCUCAUGAUCACUGUCAACUAAUAACUGAGAUUUUCUCUAGGAUUUCAAAAACUUUUAACCUAUUUUCAAUGCCUUUUUAAAAAAAUUUUUCCCCCAUUACCAUUUAUCCCCACUAUGCCCUCUUUAACAGCAGAUCAUUUAGUGUCUUAUGAACCCAGCUGUUACAUUGUCUUCCAUUGCAGACCCAGAGUUCUUCAAGUGUUAACAUAAUUUGUUUUACAGUUUCUCAUGGGCCUGUUUUAUAUGAGUGCAUCCAGCAGAUGGCAUUAGAAUUCUUAGACUUCAGAUCCACUGUUUGCCCAAUAGAAAUACCAUGUUUUUAUUGAUAGACCACGAGCAGAUCUUCCAGCCUCAGAUCUAUAAUUACAAAAGGACCCAGGUUCAAUGACCCAUAAAGGCCAUUUCAGCACCUCCAUACUGUCUGUCUCCAAGCCUUCAGCUUAGGUAAGAACUUUGGCUUUCAAAAAAAAGAACUUUUGCUUUCAUUCACCUCUCAGGGUGCUCUGACUCUUUACAGCUGAAGGCCCCUCUUGUCCGAGAUAGACAGUAUUACUUAGCAGUAUGCAUGCUCUAACAACAUGAGCGACAUCAAGAGUAACCGAGAACUGUACCUGCAGUACAAAUCCAAGGCCCCUAAGCUGCUGGCCAACAUUUCCAAAUUACUCCUCACGUGCCGGAACACAGGCAUUGCUAUACCUAAGGGCAUCAGAAACAUCUUUGAGUUCACUUGGGAGGAGCUCAUCACUGACCCUAUGGUGCCUACUCCGUCUGACAUCCGGGGCCUGGAGAUCAGCUUUGGGACUCCACCCGUGGUGUCUGUGGAAUCAACCCCUGUGCAGAUCCACGUCCUGAAGAAGCCACCACCACCACCAGUACCACCACCACUGAUGCUACCCACUGGGCCAGGCAAGUUCACCACCCGUGGUCAUCGGGUGCACACCAGCCAGGACACCCUGUACAAGUUCCAGCGGCGGUCCAUCCACCUGCUGACUGAGCUGCUCACCCUGAAGAUGAAGGCCAUGCUGGAGUCUGUGUCUGGUGCCAACCCCUUGGACAUCACAAGGCGCUUUGUGGAGGCCAGCCAGCUCCUCCACCUCAAUGCCAAAGAGAUGGCUUUUGACUCCCUGAUUGGCACAUUCGGGAGAAGUACCUUUGGUGCUGGACUGAUGGGGAAAGAGCCCUUCCUGAGCACCUCAAUAAUGGGAGUGAACUCGCCUUAUCAGCUUAUCUAUGAAGCCUCUACUGGCUGUCUGAGCUUUUCCCUCUCAACUGGAAAGGAAGGCAAGAAGAAAACAGGAAAAAUGAAAAAUUUGGAAGAGAUAACCUCAUCACCCUCUCAACGAGAAACAGGAACUGCCUCUGACAACGUGGAGAUCAGUGACCCCUGUCCUGAGGCCCGGGAGAAGCUGCAAGAGAUGUGUCGUCAUAUAGAAGCCGAAAGGACCUCGUGGAAAGGGAAGAAUGUCUUCUGCCCCAUGAUGUUACGCAACUACGGGGCAAAGAUGCCCAUUCAUUCGGGGUCAACCGUGAGCUCCUAUCACCCUCACCUUCAAGGUACUCAGACUCCCACUCCCACUCCUCACCAGUCUUCCGCCUCCCAUGCUCACUUCACUCAGCAGUCUCAGGAGUGUAAAGGAGGCAAGAAGAACAUCAAGUUGCAUUACACCUUCUGUGAUGGGUCUUCCUUCGUUUACUAUCCCUCCGGAAACAUUGCCAUGUGUCAGAUCCCCACUUGCUGCGGAGGGAGAACCAUCACCUUACUCUUUAAUGACACACCCAACUUCUCCUUCCUGGCCCUGUUCAAUGCUGAAGGCCAGGGCUUCGUUCACUACAACCUAAAGUCCUGCUGCCCAUAUGUCUUGGUCUUGGAUGAGGAAGGCGGGACCACCAACGACUACAAGGGCUAUGCAGUCCACAAGUGGAGCUGGGCUUCUAAGACAGAGACUUUGCUCUCCUUGGAAUAUAAGAUGAAUGAGCAAAUGAAGCUGACGGUGCUGGGGCAGGACUCCAUUCUAGUCACCUUUACCUGCAUGAAUGAGACAGUAACACUUACUAUAUCGGCCAAUAACUGUCCUCACGGGGUAGGGCACGAUAAAAAGAUGAUCCACAAGACCACCAGCAUGGACGACAAGUUGUCUAAGAUGAGCCGAGCCCUGGCAGCGAUCAAGAGGCGGUUUCAGAAGACAGUGUCUCAGUUCAUGAAUUCUGUCUUACUGGCAGCAGGAUUGCUCAUCAUAGAAUAUCCAUCAAGGGUCAUGGGAGAACUAAGUCGAACCAAAAUGAGAUCCUGGGCCUUUUCCGAGCGGGGCACCAAGCUAAAUCUAUAUUCAGCAGUCUCUGCAACACGUUAUCAGUCAGCCCCACCUGAAUCCUCGGCUGUACAGUCUCCGAAGGAAGAGCCUAGGUCUGCUCCGAUAAGCCCCGCUCCGAAGAAGAUCAUCAAAAUCCAAGCCAAAGCCCUGGCUACACUCAGGGGGAGGGCCACAGAGAUGCGCAGCCACACCAGGAGGGCUGCCUCACCUUCUGACUGCCCACUGGUGCUGCGGAAGCUCAUUUGUAAGGAAGACAUCCGCGCUGGCUGCAAGUGCAUAGUGAAGCCACCCCUGGUAUCUGAUGUGGAGCUGGAACGCUUCCUGUCAGUGCCCCGUGACCCCAGCCAGGUGCUGGUGUUCGGAAUAGUGUCAAGCCACAUUCCUACCAGCUCAGGACAGCUCCAGUGGCUGCUCAACACACUCUACUGUCACCGGCAGCAGGGCCGUGGCUCACCCUGCAUCCAGUGCCAGCAUGACCCCUACCGCCUACUGCGAUAUGACCUCAACAGCCCACUGCAGAAGGACCCACCCCUGCUGGUGAAGAAGUAUGCUGUGAUGCAGGGGAUGGUUCUGAUGUUCGCUGGGGGGAAGCUCCUGUUUGGGGGCUGCGUUUUGAAUGGAUACGGCUUCAGCAAGCAGAAUCUGCUGAAACAGAUCUCCCAGGCUCGGCAGGACUGCAAGAUGGGCUACUUCAUGCCAGAGAACUACAAAUUUAGCAGUGUUUUACCCACCUUCCUGGGCCUGGAAGAAGCUGACUCAGACAAGAGAACAAUUUUGGAAGACUUCCAAGGAAGCAUCUCCUCAUUGACCGUAGGGGACAAGAUGGAGGACUAUUUCCCUGAACCUGAGAAGAAGAUGAAUCUGCAUCCUCUCAUCGAAGGCAGGAGGGACAGUAAGAAGAUGAACUCUUGGAAGAAACAGGCCUCCAAGAAGUGAUGCAGGCCCCUUGACCACCAGAGUGCCAGGCC